AUGCUUGGCAGUGAUGUGCUCUUUCUUUCCAACAUUCUGCUGUUUGCAUCCUCGUGCCAAGAUACCCACGAUGCCAUAGAGUGUGGAGCAUGGGCUGAUGCCGGGGAAUGUGAAGUAAAUCCAGGCUUCAUGAAGGUGAACUGCGCCCAGAGUUGCAACUCGUGUGACUGGUCUAGUAAGAAGUGCUCACGCCAUGGAUUGUCGGCCUUACCACCGGGUGAAACCAUUUCCACAUUGUUCCGACGAGCGAAGAUCUAUGCGAGCGACGUGUUGUACGAAGAUCCAUGGAUCUUGGCCUUUGAACACUUCCUGACAGCGGAGGAAAUCGCUGCUUUCAAACGCCACAGUACAAAUUUGGUGCGUUCUCUGGCUGGCCAAGAGGAAAGUGAUGAUCGAACCUCCAUGCAGAUGUGGUGCGUGACAGAUCCUUGCCUCAGUGAUCCUUUGAUCGAGAAAGUGCACCAGCGAGUGGUAAACAUCACGGGGAUCCCCAAAGAGCAUGCAGAGUAUUUCCAGAUUGUCCAAUAUGAGCCGGGCCAGUUCUAUCGGCCACAUCAAGACCAAAACAGCAAAGCCGAUUCUUUGGUUGGCGUACGGCUCUCAACAUUCUUUCUCUACUUGCAAACUCCAGAAGCAGGUGGCGCCACCUAUUUCCCGAAGCUCGGAGUGAAGGUGCAAGCAGAAGCGGGACUUGCUUUGUGGUGGCCCAACGUACGAGAUGAUUUGAGCACUGACGAACGUACAGAGCAUGAGGCACAAAGUGUACAUGAGGGGACUAAGCUGACUGCAAACCUUUGGCUGCAUGAGUAUGAUUUUCGAACACCUUUUACUUUUGGAUGCAACCUGGAUGAAGUGGGAGCAUCGAUACAGUCAGAUGAAUUGUAG